AUGGGCUACGACUAUGCGCUUGUGCACGUCAAGUACACAAUUCCUCCUGCAAUUGCCUUGACUCUACUCUACCGACCUCUUCUGACUCGUCUUGAUGUCUACAAGAUCCUCUUCCUUGUCACUAUUGCCCUUGUCACCACAACUCCAUGGGACUCCUACUUGAUCCGCACCCGCAUCUGGUCAUAUCCUGAAGACGCCGUCAUUGGACUCAAACUCUUCGAUAUCCCAUUGGAGGAGGUCUUCUUCUUCAUUAUUCAGACCUACAACACUUCGCUCCUGUACCUGCUUUGCAGCAAGCCUACCUUCCACCCCGUCUAUCUGCGCCGCCAGGAGAAGAAUGAUCGCUGGAAGUACAUCAAGUUGGCCGGUCAACUUGUCCUUGGUCUGCUCCUCAAGAAAGCCAUGAACUUGGUCAAAGAUGAAGGCGCCGGGACAUAUAUGGGUCUGAUUCUUGCAUGGGCCGUUCCCUUUUUGCUUUUGCUGUGGUCGCUGGCAUAUCAGUUCAUUCUUGGUCUGCCCAUUACCAAUACUCUCCUGCCAAUCGCUCUUCCGACCUUGUACCUCUGGUCUGUCGAUACACUGGCUCUUCGAAGAGGAACGUGGGUCAUCGAAUCUGGUACGAAGCUUGGAACACACCUAUGGCCUGGUUUGGAAAUAGAGGAGGCCGUCUUCUUCCUUCUCACGAAUACGCUCAUCGUUUUUGGGCUUGUAGCCUUUGACAAUGCUGUCGCCAUUCUUAACGCUUUCCCAUCCCAUUUCCCUUCCGUACCCGCCCUUCCUUCGCCUCCACUCCUGGUCCAGGCCCUACUGCUCCCGGCUGGUGCAUACGACGAAGACCGUAUCGAGGGCUUGUCUGAAGCUGUUAAGCGCCUCCAUCAGAAAAGCCGCAGUUUCUAUCUGGCUAGUGCAGCAUUCUCUAGCCGCCUAAGAGUGGACUUGAUCGUGCUGUACUCAUUCUGUCGCGUGGCUGAUGACCUGAUUGACAAUGCCGCCUCAGGCCUCGAAGCGCGCAGCUGGAUCAAACGUCUUCGUACCUUCCUGGACCUUUCAUACAAAGUUAAGGACCCGAUGGCGCAUGAUCAAAACAUUGGAAGUAUUGUCCGUCAUGUUGUCACUGAAUUCCCUCGGAGCACGCAUACCGCAUUGCUACAAUUGCCCACUUCGCGCCUCUCUUCUAAACAUCUUUAUGAGCUUCUCAAAGGGUUCGAGAUGGAUCUAGGAUUUCAGACAAGUAAAGGAGCCCAACCUUCUGCCUUCCCUAUAAAAUCGAAACAUGAUCUGGACACUUAUUCGUCACGGGUUGCUGGCACGGUAGCUGCCAUGUGUAUUGAGCUCAUUUUCUUCCACUAUCCCGGGGAAGUAUCGCCCACUCUACAAGAGCAGAUAUUGGAUGCCGGAAACACUAUGGGAAUAGCGCUUCAGUACACCAAUAUCGCGCGUGAUAUCAACACGGAUGCUCUGAUGCAGCGCGUCUACCUGCCGACAAGCUGGCUAAAGGAGGAGAACCUGACACCGGAACAAGCGAUUCAGGUUUUCACGAUCAUGGAUGCCAAACCCGUCCUUGGCGCUGAGGAUCAAUUGUUUGUGUCGAAGCUUGAACGACUGCGGAACCGUUUGUUAGAGCGAUCAUUUGCAUUGUACGAGGACUCGCGUGGUGCAAUUGACAAGCUGCCGUCAGAAGUACGUGGACCUAUGCGUGUUGCUACGGAGAGCUACAUGGAGAUCGGACGGACGUUGAAGCGACCGGGCUACAGGGGCAGGAAAGGAAAGGCAACAGUAGACGGCUGGCGAAGAUUGGCAGUGGCUUGGAAAGCGCUGCAGUGA